AUGGACCGACGUCGUUCUAUUCAUCAUCACAUCAUUUCGUAUCUUUUUCCCUCUUCUACGUCCAUACUAUUUUUGUGUAUUUCAUUCCUUGUGUUUUUUACUACAACCACUAAUGCUUUAGUGAGACUUCCGGAGAACACGACCGUUCCAGCUAUAAUAGUGUUCGGAGAUUCAAUCGUUGAUGCCGGAAACAACGACGAUUUGAUAACGGAGGCUAGAUGUGAUUAUCCUCCUUAUGGUAUUGAUUUCGAUGGUGGAGUUCCUACGGGAAGAUUCUCCAAUGGAAAAGUCCCCACUGAUAUUCUAGCGGAAGAAUUAGGGAUUAAGCCAACUAUACCAGCAUAUCGAGAUCCUAAUCUAAGACAAGAAGAUCUUCUAACCGGUGUAACAUUUGCUUCGGGUGGUGCUGGUUAUGUUCCUUUGACAACACAAAUAGCGGGAGGAAUACCAUUAUCGCAACAACUGAAACUUUUUGAAGAGUAUAUAGAGAAAUUGAAUGGAAUGGUGGGACAAGAGAGGACAACAUUCAUAAUUAAGAAUAGCUUGUUCGUUAUUAUAUGUGGUAGUAACGAUAUCGCAAACAACUUCUUUAGUCUCCCUACGACUCAGCUCCAAUACAACGCGGCUUCUUUCACUGCUCUUAUGGCCGACAAUGCUCGCUCUUUUGCUACGUUUGAUCGGCGUCCUCCUCCUGUGGUGCCCCGGAGCCCGUUGCCUGCCGCCUCCGUUGAAGCCGCUUGGAGCCCACCUUACGGUGAGUGUUCGUCUAACGGCCUACAACUAUUCUCUUCGGUCGUUUCGGUGAUCGAGAGUGGUUAUGUUGGGAAGUAA